UUUUUUUUUUGAACGACAUUGCGGUAAUUGAAAUGUUUAACGAAGAGCCCCAUAAUUUGUUAAGAAACUAGUUAUUACUAAACUUCAAUUAGUUCUUUGUUUAGGUUGGCAGUUGGCUUUGUUUUGAAAUAUUUUUUUUUCCAUUUGUAUUAUAAUUUAUUGUUCGGUGCUGAAUUUAUUUGUUUAACUGGGCCGUACUACACAUUUUAGUUAUUAUUAAAAAAACGUCGACAUUCACAAAAUAUAUCGUAGGUAUAAGGAAUAAUGGAGGGUAUGGAUAUUGAUGAUUAUUCAAGAGAUCGUUCUCGUUCUCGUUCUCCUGUGAGAGACAGAUCUCGUGAGAGAAGAAAUUCUACUACAAAUUCUAGUAGUAGAGAUUAUCGUGGUGGACGUUCAGAAGGAAGCCGUGAUUAUCAAGGUGGAAAUAGUAGAGAUUAUGGUACCAAUAGAAGAUUUGAAGAAAGAAGAGGUGGUUACCGUGGAGGUAGACCUAGUGGAGGAAGUAGAAGAGAUUAUGGAACUUCAUCAACUUCUGAUUCGGAUUACCGUUCUAAAACUGAAAGAAAUUAUGAUAAUUCUAUUUUCAUAAGUAAUGUACCAUUUGACAGUACUCCAAAGGAUAUCGAAGAACUUUUCAAAGGAGAGUUUGGUGUCAAAAGAGCUGAUAUUGUUACAAACAGAGGUAGAUCAAGAGGUAUGGCCACUGUUGAAUUUUCCAGUAAAGCUGAUGUUCAAAAAGCAAUUGAAAAAUUCGAUAAAUAUGAUUAUAAUGGAAGACCUUUAUACAUAAGACAAGAUUAUCCACCACCAGAAAAGAAAGAAUUUCCUCCAAGACGAGAAGAAUUUAGAGGUGGAAGAGAUAGAAGAGAUGAUUAUAGAAGUAACAGAGAUGACUACAGAGGAGGUAGAGAUGAAUUCAGAGGUGGUAGAGAAAGAAGAGAACCACCAGCUCCAGGUACUGAAGUUUUCAUUGGUAACUUGCCCUUUUCUGUUAAUUGGCAAGCAUUAAAGGAUUUAAUGAGACAAGCUGGAGAAGUAGUAAGAGCCGAUGUUAAAUUGGACUGGAGUGGUAACUCAAAAGGUUUUGGAACUGUUGUUUUCAGUUCUGUUGCUGAAGCUGAUAAAGCCAUUGAAAUGUUCCAAGGUUAUGAGCUCGAAGGUAGAGAACUUAAUACUCGUCCAGGUAAGGUAAUUUCAACUGAAGGUCGUGAAAGAGACUCUUAUGAAGGAAGUAGAGGAGGUAGAGAAAGACGUGAAACUCCAGUUCAGAAGAACUCUGAAUUUACUGAAGGAGUUGAAGGAGAUGGAGAAAAGUCAGAUACUAUCUAUGUAAGCAAUUUACCAUUUAUUACUAGUAAUGAUGAUUUAUAUGAAUUAUUUGAAACUGUUGGUAGAACUACUAAGGCAGAAAUACAAUUUAAUGAACAAGGUAAACCUUCUGGUAAUGCUGUUGUUCAAUUCGAAGUAGCAGAUAUUGCUGAAAGUGCCAUUCAAAGUUUGAAUAAUUACAACUAUGGUGAUAGAAAUCUUAAAAUCACCUAUGCUAAAAGACCAUAGGAUUUCCAUACAAUAGAGUAAAACUUACAUAAAAAUAUCAAAUCCUUUGAAAUUCCUCCUAUAAUGAACAAAAAGUUAUUAAAAAUUUAAAUUUUUCAAUUUUCGAUUUUCUGCAAUUAAUUACCUUUCUCUAACUGUUUGCAUAAUUAAAUAUAUUACUGCAUCAGUUCCCUUGUCUUAGUAAAUAGAAAUUUAACAUAUUAUUUUUGUUACUCUCUAAGUGUCCCGCG